CUGAUGUCUAAUUUUAGACAAUUGUUGUAAAUGGCCGAUGGUUUUAUUGACGUAUCAUCACACAUCCGGGUAUACCGUUAACUGCUUCCAUGGAUCCUAACUGUUCUGAGAUCAGAAGCAGUAAUCAACAGACGUAGAUAACACGGAUUCAUGGGGUAAACGACAUGACGAAUGGACACUACAAACAUUGACCUUGAGGAACGACCCAGUCAUAGACUGGAAAUAAGAGAUAAAGGACCACUGACCAGCUUCCGGGAAGGGCCAUAUAUUUGCCACAACACCUUGAUUGCUCACGCGGAAUUUCUGAAGGCAGCCAAUGAUGUCAAAGAACCACGUGUAUUCCGGGUGCUUCCGGUUGGUGGCGCCAGCAGCAAUAUCGGUGACGUGUUUGCUCUUGUCACGUGGUACUUCCUUUGCGUCUAUUCUUGCUGUGUCAUUCCGAUAGCCUGUUACUGUGAGAACACAGUUAUCAACAUCACAAAUGCCGCCAUUUUGUGUGUUCUGCUUAUGUAUCACAUCAUCGCCAUUUACACUAUCACCAAGAACAAGAAGAAGCUGAGACGGAUGCUGUUUUUAGCAGAGACAACUGCAGACAGGUAUCAGGGUUUCCAGAAUUACUUCUUUGACGUUAGAUCCAACAGUACAGACCAACUUACAUUUUUAAAUUUGAAGCACAGGAGAAAACUUCAACAGGAAAUCGCUGUACGUCAAGGAAAAGGAAUGGUGGUGAUGUUGUGUACAAAAUCUUACUGGAGGAGUCGCAUUGUCUAUCCUGUCAUAUGCCUGGCUAUCCUCAGCGUUUUUAGUCUCGUUGGUGUCAUCGUCCAGCUGGAAACCAUGAAGCGUAUAUGAUUAUUUCUUAAAAUCUUGCCGAACAAAUAAGUUUCGACGCAGCUCAAAAAUAAUGUACAUUUAACCUCUUGCCGGUAGUGUAGCACAUUGUAGAUUUUCUCACAAAGGUGUCCCUUAAUGCAUUAUACAGGAUUAAUUUGAUGUGAAAGUCGGGUACACGUGUUCAAUUACCUAUAUUGUUUUAUUAGUGCAUGGAUAAUUUUGAUUUAAUAGGAACAUUUUUAAUGUGAUUAUAAAAUGACCAUGCGUCUAAAAGUACGAUGUUAUAGUUUGUCUCGGUAAAAUGUACAUGGAAUAUUGUAUGUUAUAGUUUGUCUCGGUAAAAUGUACAUGGAAUAUUGUAUGUUAUAUUUUGAUUCUGCACAAAAAAUUGAAUGUUAUAGUUUGUCUCGACACAAAAAAAUAUUGUAUGUUAUAGUUUGUCUCGGCACAAAAAAUAUUGUAUGUUAUAGUUUGUCUCGGCACAAAAAAUAUUGUAUGUUAUAGUUUGUCUCGGCACAAGAAAUAUUGUAUGUUAUAGUUUGUCUCGGAAACAUUUGUAUGGGAGAAAUGCGUUUAAUGAAAUGGUGCUAUAUCUAUUUGUAUUAUUUGUCUCUCUAUGUUUAAUAAUUGCCUAUUUUGCUGAACAAAGUAAAGAAACACUAGUUAACAUUGUUGAUUUUCAUGAAAUAUCACAAAGGAACCAUGGAUUUUCUAAUUAAUGGUCCGGAGUCUUUGGUACGCACUGAAAUAUUCACAUUUUUUGGAGAAAUUCAUAAGAAUAGAAUUUUAGUAAUUAAUUGAUAAUUGAGAUCAAAUAAACACGUGACUAUCACGUUUCUACGGCGAAUUGAAACAGACAAAUCCCAAAGAAGUGGUUCCAAAGUCAGAAGACUUGCUUUUACCUGAUUUACAGGGAACAGAAUACAUGAAGAUUCAGAAAAUGUGCUCUUUGUUAUUUUCUAAUCUACAAUGUAUAUCAAUUGUACUAUGUGUAUACGUUUUUAUGAUUACUAAAACUUGUCUGUUUAAAAUUUAGGAAUUCGCACGUUAGUUGACAUCGGUUUUCGAACUCCCAGUGUAGACACUACUUGCAGGUAUUAGAACAUACAGUAUGUAUUUAGUGGUAGGAUAACAGAAGGUUCAACUAUGACAGAAACAAGAAAAUCACAGUACUUUCAAUACAUCGUGUAAAGGUGUUAAGUUCACUUACCUUUGUGUACCUAAAUACGUACACUUCCGGUCACGUGAACGUCUCUCUCAGGCUGACCGCUGACGCUGCAAUAUGUUCUUUAGAUAAUUUACAUUUGUUGGGAAUUUCUUUGAAAUGUACACGUUAAUUAAUUUUAAAAUUACAAUACGUAACUCCCGAGUAACGGUUUAGUGAAUAAGUGUGAACCAACGUGCCGCAUGUUGUAAUUGUUAUGUAAAUAUUGACGAAGUAGAAGAAAAGUAACCAGGCCCCACUUGUAUAAAAUAUCUCAAUUUCAGAUUUCCUCAAGCCCAGAUUUUCCUCAGCUAAUAUCUCCUUAAAAAUAUCUUGUAUGAAAAUUCCUCAAGGAAUUUAGGGACAUCCUAGCCCGAGGACUUCCUCCUGUUCAUUGAGAAAAUUUGAUACAUGCCGUUUUUGAGGAGAUGUCAGCAGAGGAAAAUCUCGACUUGAGGAAAUCUCAAGUUGAGAUGAUUUAUAUAAGUGGGUCCUGAUGGUAGAGAAUGGAUA